CAAGUACAGUAAAAUAAAAACGCUACAAUCAAGUCAUGGUGCAAGUUUAUUCCUGAAGAGGGAACUAAGCAUAUGAAUUGUAUUUUCUCAUGUGGCAAUGAACGGCUGAUGUAACAUUUUAUCUAAAGUGAAAAUGUAUUAAUAAAAACAUAUUUAUAUAAAAACAAUAUUAAAAUUUGUGUAUAGUAUUAAACUGGAUAUAAACAAUUAUCAAAAUGACAGAAGAUGAGGCAAUAUUUGAUCCUUUAUUGAAGAAGAAAAAGAAAAAAAAGAAGACCACAUUUGAUAUAGAUGCAGCUUUAGCAGAAGGGGGUGAUGGUGGUGCUGCAGCUAACACCAACCACACAGAACCGGUAGAAAAUUCAUCAUCGAAGCCGGUAGAAGAUAAACAUACUGUCGACGAUGAUCAAGAUGAUGCUAACUUGGAUUUGGACUUGGAAAGUUUCGGUAAGAAGAAAAGGAAAAAGAAGAAGCCAUUUAAUAUGGAAGAAUUAGAAGGUGCAUUACCAGAAUCGAAAGAAGAAACUGUUCCAGUUACGGAAACGGUUCAAGAUGAACCGGUUGUUGAUGAUAAUUUCGACUUAGACAUGGACUUCAGUAAAACGAAAAAAAAGAAAAAGAAGAAGAAAGAUUUAGAUGAAUUGAUGGCAGAAGCUGAUGAAAAACAAAAUGAAGAUAAAGAGAAUGAGGAUACUUCAACUUCAUGGUUUGGUUCUGAUCGUGAUUAUACGUAUGAUGAACUAUUGAAUCGAGUGUUUGAAAUAAUGCGUGAUAAAAAUCCUGAUAUGGUUGCUGGUAAAAAACAAAAGUUUGUAAUGAGACCACCACAAGUUGUACGUAUUGGAACAAAGAAAACAUCAUUUGCUAACUUUACCGAAAUUUGUAAAACAUUACAUCGACAACCGAAACAUUUAUUAGACUUUUUACUCGCUGAAUUAGGUACUAGUGGGUCUGUGGAUGGUAAUAGUCAACUUAUUAUCAAGGGUAGAUUUCAACAAAAACAAAUUGAGAAUGUUUUAAGAAGAUACAUUAAGGAAUAUGUAACCUGUCAUACGUGUCGUUCGCCGGAUACAAUAUUACAAAAAGAUACACGUUUAUUCUUUUUACAAUGUGAAACGUGUGGUUCUCGUUGUUCUGUAGCAAGUAUCAAAUCAGGUUUCCAAGCCGUUACUGGCAAACGUGCUGCCAUUCGAGCGAAAACUGCCUAAGUCGAACACACUUAACAAAAAUAAAACUACUAUAUAUAUUAUAUAUACAAUUUUUUUAAGAAUAAAUAAAUCAAUGCAUGUAUGCAGUAUUAUUUUUAAUAAACUACAAAGAGAACAACACACUUCAAAAUAAA